AUGGAAACUGACAAAUUAAAUGAUACAGAAAAGAAAAGAAAAAGUGAUACUCAAGUUGCUGUGGUAGAAAUGAGAGAACUUAAUCACAGUUCGAGGCCAUCAAUAUCGGGAGAAAAUAAAACAUCAGGGUAUAUAGUAACGCUGAUGCACUUUAUAAAAGGAAACAUAGGCUGUGGAAUGUUGGCUAUGGGAGAAGCCUUUAAGAUUGGAGGCUUAUACCUUACAUUGUGUAUUCUGUUAUAUGUGUGGCUAAUUAGCCUCUGCAAUAUGCAUAUUUUGACUACAAUAAGUAAAAAAGUGCAGAUUCGUUUGCAAGCCAAACGUGCACCAACAUUUGGCGAUACCGUCGAAAAUGCAUUCAAAAUGUCUGACAAAUGGAUAUUUCGAAGUAUAUCAAAUUACAUUAAAAAGAUUGUUUUUUAUAACAUACUUAUCACACAACUUGGUUUCGGCAGUGUAUAUAUUCUUUUUAUCAGCACUUCAUUACAAAAGCUGUUACAUCAAUACUCAUAUGAGAUUAAUAUUCAAACAGUUAUAUUAUUUACAAUGCCUUUGAUAAUGGUAGGUGCAUGUUUGAGAAGAUUGCGAUUUAUAGCACCAUUAUCAACUGUGGCCAAUGUUGCAUUGAUUACUGGCGUUGUUACGAUAAUGUAUUAUAGCUGUUCUGGGCCAUCAGCUAAGAAUGUUAGAUAUUCAUAUGCUAAAUGGUCUGAAUUGCCAACGAUGUUUGGAAUAAUAAUGUUUAGUUUUGAAGGAACUGGAUUGGUUUUACCUCUUUUUGCGGAAAUUGACGAUGAUAAAAAGUUUACAUCGUGUUUUGGAGUCUUGAAUUUUGGUAUGGUAGCUGUAAUGAUGUUAAACGUGCCUUUGGGUAUGACUGGCUAUUCAAAAUGGGGAGAGGAAGUAAAAAGCAGUCUAACAUUGAAUUUACCACUUGAUCACGAAUUAACGCAAUUUGUAAUACUCAUGAUGAUAUUGGGUAUAGCUUGUUCAUAUGCACUUCAGUUUUACCUUGCAGCCGUAAUCGUCUAUAAUGACCUUGAAAAAUACUACGGCCCUUAUAACCAUCCUGCAGUAUGGGAUUAUAGCAUACGGAUAAGUUUAUGCCUUUUAACUUACCUGGCUGCCAGCACAGUCCCACAUUUGGACCUAUUCAUGUCGUUAGUGGGUUCUGUAACUUGUGUUGCUCUCACAAUGAUUUUCCCUGCACUAUCUAAUUUGGCGUUCCGGACGAAAGAUAAAAGUUCAUUUUUCAGUUCAGUUUUUGAUAUGAUAACCAUAUUUACAGCAGUGAUUGGUUCAGUCACCGGAAUCUACGCAAAUACAACUGCCAUUUAUGAAGCGUUCUCACAAAACCACAGUAAUGGCUAAAUCUGACUCAAACGUUUGGGGAGCAAUAAAAAGAAACAAUCACUAGACCAGUAAUUCUAUUGAACCAUUGAACUUGAAAACAUCAGAAACAACCAAGGAAAAAUGGUUCAUGCAAUGGUAUUAAAAAGUAAACC